UUGGCCGGCACCGCCCAGGCCGAUUUGAAACUUGGCGGUUAAAAGCUGCGGCGGGGUGAUCGCGGCCCGGGAGGCCUCGGCAAGGAUCUCGGCGGAGGAUCAAAACUUCAAGAGGAUGAUGAAGGAGGAGGUGAAAGGUAUCCCAGUCAAGGUGGCCCUGCGCUGCCGCCCACUUCUCCCCAAGGAACUGGAUGAAGGCUGCCAUACCUGCCUUUCCUUUGUGCCUGGAGAGCCUCAGGUGGUAGUUGGCAGUGGGGACAAAUGCUUCACCUACGAUUUUGUGUUUGACCCAUCGGUGGAGCAGGAAGAAGUCUUCAACACUGCAGUUGCUCCUCUCAUAAAGGGCAUUUUUCAAGGGUAUAAUGCAACCGUUCUGGCCUAUGGACAGACUGGCUCUGGCAAAACAUUUUCAAUGGGCAGUGCAUAUACUGCAGCUCAAGAGCAUGAACCAACAGUUGGGGUCAUCCCUCGGGUAAUACAGCUACUUUUCACAGAAAUGGACAAGAAGGUGGACUUUGAAUUCACCCUGAAAGUGUCUUACUUGGAGAUCUACAAUGAGGAGAUUCUGGACCUGCUAUGUCCAUCUCGAGAGAAAUCCUCCCAAAUAAAUAUACGAGAAGAUCCUAAGGAAGGCAUAAAGAUCAUAGGACUCACCGAAAAGACCGUUUCACUUGCCAUGGACACCGUGUCCUGCUUGGAGCAGGGCAACAACUGUAGGACUGUGGCCUCCACCGCUAUGAACUCCCAGUCUUCCCGAUCUCAUGCCAUCUUCACCAUCUCCAUUGAGCAGAAGAAGAAAAGUGACAAGAACAGUAGCUUUCGAUCCAAGUUACAUCUUGUAGACCUGGCUGGUUCAGAAAGGCAGAAGAAGACGAAGGCUGAAGGAGACCGUCUAAAAGAAGGUAUUAAUAUUAACAGAGGUCUUCUAUGCCUGGGAAAUGUAAUUAGUGCACUUGGAGAUGACAAAAAGGGGGGCUUUAUCCCCUACAGAGAUUCCAAGUUAACCCGGCUGCUUCAAGACUCACUAGGUGGUAAUAGCCAUACUCUCAUGAUUGCCUGUGUGAGUCCUGCAGACUCCAACCUAGAAGAAACAGUGAAUACACUGCGCUAUGCCGACAGGGCAAGAAAAAUCAAGAAUAAACCCAUUGUCAACAUUGAUCCCCAGACGGCUGAACUUAAUCAUCUGAAGCAACAGGUCCAGCAGCUGCAAGUCUUGUUGCUCCAGGCCCAUGGAGGGACCCUGCCCGUGUCUAUCAAUGUGGAGCCAUCGGAGAAUCUACAGUCCCUGAUGGAAAAGAAUCAGUCUCUGAGUGAGGAGAAUGAAAAACUGAGCCGUGGUCUCAGCGAGGCAGCAGGUCAGACAGCCCAGAUGUUGGAGAGGAUCAUUUUGACAGAACAAGCAAAUGACAAACUGAAUGCCAAGCUGGAAGAGCUCAAGCAGCAUGCCGCGUGCAAGCUUGAUCUGCAGAAACUGAUAGAGUCUCUGGAGGAUCAAGAGUUAAAAGAAAAUUUGGAGAUAAUUCAUAAUCUGCAGCAUGUGAUAACUCAGCUCUCGGACGAGACUGCGGCAUGCGUGGCUUCAGCUGCUGACGUUCCUACUGAGCCAGAGGCCCAAGUGGAAACUAGCCCCAACACCAGCAGGUCCUCUGCUGGUUUCACCACGCGGCAUGCACUGCGCCAGGCUCAGAUGUCCAAGGAGCUGAUAGAGUUGAAUAAAGCCCUAGCUCUGAAAGAAGCCCUGGCCAAGAAAAUGACUCAGAAUGACAGUCACCUGCAGCCCAUUCAGUUCCAGUACCAGGAUAACAUGAAAAGCCUAGAGUUGGAAGUUGUCAGUCUGCAAAAGGAAAAGGAAGACUUGAUCCUUUUACUUAAUUCAGCAAAGAAGGAUGUGAACCAAGCCAAGUUGAGUGAGCGUCGUCGGAAACGGCUCCAGGAACUGGAAGGGCAAAUUAUUGACCUGAAGAAAAAAUUGAAUGAGCAGUCGAAGCUUCUGAAGUUAAAAGAAUCCACAGAGCACACGGUCUCGAAACUUAAUCAGGAGAUACGGUUGAUGAAAAGCCAAAGAGUACAGCUGAUGCGUCAGAUGAAAGAAGAGGCUGAAAAGUUUAGACACUGGAAGCAGCAAAAGGACAAGGAAGUGAUCCAGCUUAAGGAGCGAGAUCGUAAGAGGCAGUAUGAACUCCUAAAGCUUGAAAAAGACUUCCGGAAACAAUCCAAUGUCCUCAGACGGAAAACUGAGGAGGCAGCGGCUGCCAACAAGCGCCUCAGGGAUGCUCUCCAGAAACAACGGGAGGCCGCAGAUAAGCGGAAAGAGAGCCAGAGCCGAGGGAUGGAAGGAACUGCAGUUCGAGUAAAGAAUUGGCUUGGAAAUGAAGUAGAGGUUAUGGUCAGUACUGAAGAAGCCAAACGCCAUCUGAAUGACCUUCUUGAAGAUCGAAAGAUACUAGCUCAGGAACUUGUUCAGCUCAAACAGAAAAAAGACGCUGGAGAAAACCCACCCCCCAAACUCCGGAGGCGGACAUAUUUACUUACUGAUCUGCAGAGUUGUACAUCAGAUGAUUCUGUCACAAAACAGAUAGAGAGCCUGGAGACUGAGAUGGAGCUCAGGAGUGCCCAAAUUGCUGACCUACAACAGAAAUUGCUGGAUGCAGACAAUGAAGAUAGGGCAAAGAACCGCUGGGAAAAUAUCCCAACCAUUCUAGAGGCGAAGUGUGCUCUCAAAUACUUGAUGGGCGAGCUGGUCUCUUCCAAAGUACAGAUCAGCAAACUUGAAAGCAACUUGAAACAGAGCAAGGACAACUGUUCUGACCUGCAAAAGAUGCUCUUGGAGGAACGGAAUCACACUGCUGAGAUGGAGAGUGAGCUACAGGAGGAGCUGGUGAAGCUAGAACAACAGCAUCAAGAAAAGGUACUCUAUCUUCUGAGCCAAUUGCAGCAAAACCAGGCUAUAAAGACACAGCUAGAAGACUCCAUCAGUGAACGGGAGCAGCUGCUGCUUGACAGGCUAAAGUUUCAGGAUGAAGAGCUUGAGAAGAUGCGAGAAGUGUGUGAGCAAAACCAGCAGCUUCUCCGAGAGAAUGAGUGCAUCAAGCAGAAACUGAACCUUCUCCAAGUCGUCAGUGGGCAGAAACUUCACCUUCCGAAGGUUACCACUCUGUCUCCAGAUUCUUCCUUUGAGUAUAUCCCACCCAAGCCAAGGCCUUCCCGUCCAACUAAAGAAAAGGUCCUGUUACCAACCAUGGAAGUCGAGGAUCUGAAAUCUAACACAGAGCCCUCUGAGAGUGAAGCUGAUAACGAUGAGGACGAUGAUGAGUGGAAGCCAAAGAAAUUAGUCAAAGGUUCCAAGAAGAGCGUGCAAGGGUGCUCCUGCAAGGGCUGGUGUGGGAACAGACAGUGUGGAUGCAGGAAGCAGAAGGCAGGCUGUGGAGAGGACUGUAGCUGUGACCCUGCAAAGUGCAGGAACCGCGGCCACCAAGCGGAUACAUCCAGUACAGAGAAUAUGCAGGACCCUGAAGGCUCCUUCAAGCUGGAGGAUCCCACAGAAGUGACCCCGGGACUGAGCUUCUUCAAGCCCGUCUGUGCUACUCCCAAUAGCAAGAUCCUUCAAGAGAUGUAUGAUGCGGGCCAGGUGCUGUCAGUCACAAAGUUGAAGAAGUGGACUCCUUCCCCUGCCCCUCUAGAGACUGGCCCUGCAGGUGCCUCCCAGGAGAACAAGGCUCCAGGGGAGAAGAAGAAGAAGCGAGUUCUGAGCAGCACCACUAGCUUCUUCUCUGGCUGUACCCCCAUCAGCGAGGAGGAGGCAGCCCUCUAAAUUAGAGGCUAAGCCUGGGAGGCAUCUUCAUGCUGCUUUAGAGGUUGCUGAGGCAGAGGGCUUUUAGUGACUAUUUUGGAUUUCUGGCUAUUUGUUGCAUAAUAAAGAAGUUCCCUUCUCCUCCACCCCCCAUUAUCUUCCUUCUCUCCAGAUGCUACCUCUGUUGUGAGCGGGCUGCCUGGAACCGGGGAGCCCCAAGCCAUUCCCAUAACCCUAAAGAGUCCCUCACGUAGGUUGAUCCGUCAGCUGAGAAGGUUCCCCUUUCCCACAUUUCUGUUGGAGGUCAGUCUGGUGCCACCCAAACCAAUAUGAGGUGUCUGCCCUCAUCCCAAGAAGGUGACUUCGAUGAGGCCUUGUUGAUAGUCUUGACCUACUUACUCACUGCUUAGGUUAGAGGCACGGGUCUAGGUUCUACCUUGAGACAAGGGCAUGCCUUGUCCUGUUGUUUUAGUAGGAAUAGAGAUCCUUGGUCUUCAUGCUCUUGAGGCAGAUGUUAAUGACACUUUGUUAAGUUAAUAUUGGGUAAAUAAAUAAACUUUGGAAGC